GGUGCGGGAGAGCGGGGCCGGAGCCGGCCGUGAGCACGGCCUGGCUCGGCAGUCCCGCCCUUCGCUGAUCUGCCGUGCUCGCGUCCCCAAAGAAGCCGUGGGGCCGCCCCGCCGCACGGCAGCGUUAUUCCCCUGGGCAAGCGCUUCCCUCCGGCCGGCGGCGGCUUCCUCGGGAACGGAUAAUAGGGUCUCCAUUUGGUCUGCUGGCGACCUUGGAAAUGCGGGCCUCAAUGAUGAAUAUCAUGGAGAGCCUCAUCUGCUGUGUGACAUCCAGCACGACGGUGAUGUUAUGGAUAUGCAGUUUUUGGAUCAAGAAAGAAUCGUGGUUGCCUCAUCAACAGGAACUGUAACUAUAUUCCGUCAUCAUCAAAAUAACCAGACGUUAUCUGCCAACCAUCGGUGGGAGAAAGCCCAUUAUCAUGUGGAUCAAGACACAUCUGGUGGUGGAGCAGCCUGUACCGGAGUCGUCUGCAACAACCCAGAAAUUGUCACUGUUGGAGAAGAUGGUAGAAUAAAUCUCUUCAGAGCUGACCAAAAAGAUGCAGUAAGAGCUAUAGACAAUGCAGACAGCAGUACACUCCAUGCAGUGACUUUCCUUCGCACAACUGAGAUCUUGACAGUAAAUUCAAUUGGACAGUUAAAAAUAUGGGACUUCAGGCAGCAAAGAAAUGAACCAUCUCAAAUACUUUCUUUGGCAGGUGACAGAGUUCCAUUGCACUGUGUGGAUAGGCAUCCCAAUCAGCAGCAUAUUGUGGCCACAGGGGGUCAGGAUGGAAUGCUGAGUGUAUGGGACAUCAGGCAGGGUACUAUGCCAGUGUCCCUGCUAAAGGCUCAUGAAGCAGAAAUGUGGGAAGUUCACUUCCAUCCCUCCGACCCUGAUCAUUUAUUUACGUGUUCUGAAGAUGGAUCUCUUUGGCACUGGGAUACUUCCACAAGUGUAUCUGAAAAACCAUCUUUUCUUCAUCAAGGAGGAAGAAGCACUGCCUAUCUUUCUCACAGUACCAUUAACCAGUCUGUAGUAAGUGCCUGGCUAAGCAACGAUCCGACCAAAGACCGCAUGGAAAUCACCAACCUAAUUCCAAAUCAGACUUUGUCUGUGAAUAGUUUAGAUGUUCUUGGACCAUGCCUAGUAUAUGGUACUGAUGCAGAGGCUAUUUAUGUGAACAGACAGCUUUUUGCAUGAAGUGACUGCAGUAUCCCUUUGAAGUAUUGAUCAGCUUGAACUACUGGGAAAUGUCAGGUUCAUUCUUAAUGCUACUCGUUAAGUCUGUUUUUGGCGUGUGUGGGAGAGGCCUCAGCUUGGUCCUAGUGCUGUGGAGGAAGUGUGAGGUACCUCAGAUUCUGACAGCUGUCACUUGUUGAUGCUCCAGGAUGGGUAACUGAGCAAGCUUACAUGCUGUUUCUUCCUUGCUGCCUGCUUGGUUUUGACAAGCAGGAAGGUAGUCACUAAGGGCAAGAUCUUCACUGUAAAGUGAUGUCCAUAAUACACAUGCACAUAAAACCGAAGAAAAGGUAAACCCUGGAUUUUUAUUUUUCCCUGUAAAGAUAUUUUUCAAGUGUUAUUUCUAAAGCGAAACUGUGGGGUUCUUGGAAAUUCUUUUUAUGUCACCUGAGAGAGAUGGGGGGUUUUUUUAAGCUGAUGUUUUUAUAUAUAUAUAUACAGGGGAAUGUAACUUUUAAUGUUGGUUCAUGAGAGUUGGAAGGAAAACUGUUAAAGCUAUGAAAUGUGAAAGGUUCUGUAGAAAUCUAAGCAUUCUAGCAACAUUAUUUUGAAUUAUUUACAGCUUCAUCAUGGAUGCUGCAUGUUAAAACUUGAUAAUGUACUGGUAAAUCUCCCAACUGAAAAGUGAGGUUUAUAAUUAAGGAGUCAUAAUUGACAGAUGUGUUGGCUGUGUUUUCAGGUGUAAGAAUAAGACUUCCUAAACUUGAGACAGUCUUUGUCAAAAAAUUCACAUCUGGUUUCUUGAAAUCUUUGAAAAGUUAAAUUUUAUUAUUAGCAUUGUAUCUGCUUUUUGUUACAAAGAACCCUUUCUCUUUUUAAUAAAAAAGUUUUGCACAAGA